ACACACACACACACACACACACACUAACAUAAAACCAGGAUACCACCACCACCUUCUCUGAUCACCAACACCAACCCAAAGACCACCCUCACUGUCAACAAACACUCUUUGUGUUCACAAAUCUGGAAAUGGACAACUUCCACCCACCUUCCAUCCCCUCCACAUCAACCAUAACCUCCGUUCCCCAAGAACAACAUUCACAGUUGUCCAUUUGUGAACCAAUGAGCUGUCCCCCUUCAACAACUUGUAGUCCUUCAACCACUCAGUACUAUUGUUAUCCGGCACAGUAUCUAGCACCAAAUCCGGGCCUGCAAUUCCAAUAUGCAUAUCCUUAUCAGCAGGCCGGUCAGCCCAUGUAUCCGUUCCUGGUCAGUGGCCAGCCAAAUGUGGUAGUGUCCACAGAGCAGGACAGCCUGGCCAGAUCAGGAUGGACUCUGGAUGCAUUAGUCUCCAAGGCGGCGAGAAAGGAGAGAAGGAUGGCCAGGCAGAGGAGUCUCAGUUUGAGCAGAAACAAUGCCAAUGCUGCUGCUUCUUCUGAGUCUUCUUCUCCAUCUUCAAGGAGGCAUGCUCCAUUUCCGUGGAAUGAGGAUGAUGAUCAGGGAAGUAUGUCCACGUCGUCGUCUGGUGCUGGUACUGAUAUGCAGAACAUCAACAGACACCUCUACACGUUCUGCACGCCGGAUAACAAGAAACUGAGAGUGAUGUUUAAGAAGGAGUUGAAGAACAGUGAUGUUGGAUCUUUGGGCAGGAUUGUCCUUCCAAAGAAAGAAGCAGAGGAAAACCUUCCAAUGCUCUCUGACAAAGAAGGCAUCCAGCUGAUGAUCAGAGAUGUAUAUUCUGACCAGGAGUGGGGCUUGAAGUAUAAGUAUUGGUCAAAUAACAAAAGUCGAAUGUACCUCUUAGAGAACACAGGCGACUUUGUUAAGCAACACAAGUUGGAGGUGGGAGAUUGUAUUUGUCUUUUGGAGGAUGAAGACAAGAACCUUUACAUCUCCACAGAAACGAGAGCAGGAUCAAUACAUGCCAAGCCCCCCUCACGCAUCAACAACAACAACAACAACAACAACGACCAUAAAGCCAACAACUCAAACAGCAACACCACCGCCGAAGGCAACACUCCGGACUCCAACCCAAACUACGCCGAUGCCAACACCAACACCAAUGCCAAAAGCUAUAGCAACAACCACAACGCUACCGCUGACAUACCUACACCUUUGGCGUAUACCUAUGUAGCUAGGGAUGAAGAAGAUGCAUCAUCAUCAUCUCUAGCACUACUUGUACAACAACUUCAGAAAGAGCAAGAAGCUAACACCAUAAUUGCAUUGUCCAUGACGUGUGCUUCUUCGCCGCACAUACAAUGUGAGGAAGCUAACGACGCCAUUGGACAUAUCGAAACCUCUACGCAACCAUCUACAUUGGCAGGGGUCGAGCCUGCCCCAUCACCAUCACCGUCACAGAGGAGAGCAAUGACGAGGAUGGCAAACGAUGAUCAGUUUGAGACCGAUGACUGCUACAAAGGCCUUGGGACACUCCCGGAAGUUGAUCGCUAUAAGUAUUGUGAUGACUUUUGUCUUUUUGAUUAUAACGGCAGCAUAACAACGGACGACGACAAGUCGUAGUGGAGGAGCUGAACAACAUUUGAUUGCAUUGCAUUGCAUGGUUGAGUAAUUUGUUACUUUUUGACUUUCCUUUUACUGGCACAUGAUUUUACGAAGUGUUUCAUGUGUUGGAGAAGAUAUAGGAAAAUCAAAUUAUUUAUGUGAUGUCAAUUAUAUCCUCGGUGGAAUAAAAUUAAAUUCUUUCUUAAA